GGUGAUAAGGCUAUUCGUUGUGGGAAGCGGCCUUAUCGAAACCCCUCUCUCUCCCCCACUUAUCUCCUACUUCGCCGCUCUUCCUUCGGUCGUCGCGCACCCUAAGGCGGCUUCGGAGCAAACAAAGCCGUCAACGAUGGCCGCCACCAGUACCACCACAGCCACCAUCGGCGUGUCUUCCCUGUACCGGACUCCGUCCUUGGAUCUCUCCGCCCGGAGGGUCUUCCCCUGCCUGUCCGAUAAACCCCAUUCCUGCAGCGGCCUCCUCAAGGUCUCCGCCGCGGACGCCACCAAGCGCUUCGGUUCCUUGUGCCUCGGCGCCGACCGCAGGGGCUCGAGGGCUCGUUGCCCUAUGUUUGUUACCUCCGCAGUUGCCUCUCCCAACUCGGUCCUUAGCGAGGAGGCGUUCCAGGGCUUCCGUGGCCUCUCGAAAUCGUCUCUCGAGGAAGGCGAAGAGGAGGGUUACGACGCCGACACGUACGAGUCCGAGGAGGAGGAAGAGGGGCCUUUCUCUGCCACUGCCGGUCACGAUGAGAACGAGGUGGCCAUUGCUAGCCUGGAUUUGCCGCAGCAGCUCGUCAGUUCCCUCGAGAAGCGAGGGAUUACUCACCUUUUCCCUAUUCAGAGGGCCGUGUUGCUUCCUGCUCUUGAAGGCCGAGACCUUAUUGCACGUGCAAAGACCGGUACCGGAAAGACACUGGCGUUCGGAAUUCCCAUAAUUAAACGACUUAGCGAGGCCGACUUGGGGCGGAAGACGUCAAGGCAAUCAGGACAUCUUCCUCGGGUUCUGGUUCUUGCACCUACCAGGGAGUUGGCGAAGCAAGUCGAGAAGGAAAUUGAUGAGUCAGCACCUUAUCUUAGCACCGUAUGUGUUUAUGGAGGAGUUUCUUACAACGUUCAGAAGAGUGCACUUUCUCGUGGUGUUGAUGUGGUCGUGGGAACUCCAGGUCGAAUAAUCGACCUCAUUAAUGACAAUAGCCUUCGGCUUGGAGAGGUCGAGUAUUUGGUUCUUGAUGAAGCUGAUCGGAUGCUGGCUGUUGGGUUUGAAGAAGAUGUAGAAUUGAUAUUGGAAAAGCUGCCAUCAAAGCGUCAAAGUAUGCUAUUUUCUGCAACUAUGCCUGAUUGGGUGAAGAAGUUGGCUAGGAGACACCUAAAUGAUCCUCUCAUAGUUGACUUGGUUGGUGACCAAGAUGAGAAGCUAGCAGAAGGAAUUAAACUUUAUGCCGUACCAACAACUUCAACUUCAAAGCGUACAAUCCUUAGUGACCUAAUCACGGUAUAUGCUAAGGGUGGGAAGACCAUUGUUUUCACUCAGACAAAGCGGGAUGCCGAUGAAGUAUCUAUGGCCUUAACUAACAGUAUAGCAUCUGAGGCACUACAUGGGGAUAUAUCUCAACAUCAGCGAGAAAGAACCUUGAAUGGUUUUCGUCAAGGGAAAUUUACUGUUCUUGUUGCAACUGAUGUUGCCGCUCGUGGACUUGAUAUACCUAAUGUUGAUCUGAUUAUUCAUUAUGAACUGCCAAAUGAUCCAGAGACUUUUGUUCAUCGUUCUGGUCGUACUGGACGUGCCGGAAAAGAGGGCACUGCCAUCUUGAUGUUCACUAGUAGCCAGAGGAGAACAGUUAAAUCUCUUGAACGUGAUGUAGGAUGCAGGUUUGAGUUUACAAGCCCCCCAGCGAUGCAAGAGGUUCUGGAGUCAUCAGCAGAGCAAGUAGUUGCUACUUUGCAGGGUGUUCACUCUGAGUCGAUACAGUAUUUCCUCCCAGCUGCUCAAAGAUUGAUUGAUGAACUAGGAACACAAGCCCUGGCUGCGGCAUUGGCACAUUUAAGUGGAUUUUCUCAACCUCCUUCGUCUCAUUCUCUUAUCAGUCAUGAGCAGGGAUGGGUCACAUUACAAUUAACACGUGAAUCAGGACACUCGAGAGGGUUCUUUUCUGCAAGAUCUGUUACUGGGUUUCUUUCUGAUGUUUUUCCUGCUGCUGCUGAUGAAGUGGGCAAAAUAUAUAUGAUUGCAGAUGAAAGGGUUCAAGGUGCAGUUUUUGAUCUACCUGAUGACAUUGCCAAAGAGCUACUGAAUAAGCAAUUGCCUCCAGGAAAUUCUAUAUCAAAGAUCACCAAGCUUCCUACACUGCAAGAUGAUGGUCCUCCUGUUGACAAUUAUGGCCGGUUUUCAAACCGGGACUGGGGUUCCAGAGGUGGUGGUUCUGGGGAACGAAGUCAGAGGGUUUCCAGAAAUUGGGGUGGCAGGAACUCUGACAGUGGUGAUGGCUUUCGACGUGGUGGCCAGGUCUACAGAACUGAUAAUAGCUGGUCUAAGUCACCCAGAGGGAGUGAGGAUGACUGGCUAAUCGGCGGCAGGAGAUCCCACCAUUCAUCCUCGCAGGGUAGCCGGGAAAGAGGCUUCGGAGGUGCAUGCUUUAAUUGUGGUAGAUCUGGUCAUCGCGCUUCGGAAUGUCCUAACAAAUAGUCAGUUUGAUGGAAAUUCCUGCUCGAAUUUGUAGACAUGCUCCAGCUCCAGAUGUGAUUUCAUGAAGAACUAAUGAUGAGACUGCUUGGAAGUGGAUCAGACCAUGCAAAUGUGUGAGCAUGAUGAGCCCUGAUCGGGAGGAGUUUUCACUGAGUUUCUUACAUGAAGUUAUUUAAAAGCAUAUCAUUAGGUUGCUUUGAGAGUUUAGAUUAGUUUCAAAGUCACUCGAGAGAAUUGUGAUGGUGGUGGUGGUGGAGUGCCUGCACAAUGUGUGCUGGUUGCUGUAUUCAAUGCUUUUUGACUCAUUAUGUUUGUUGUAUUUACUUGGUAUGUUUUCCCUUGAAGGUUGACAAGAUUAAGAUUUUGAUACGAGUGUGGUAAUUUGUGGAGAUACACUGGAUUUUGUCUGAGUUCAUCAUGAAAUAAUGCAACCACAGAUUUGAA